GAAGGCGGCCGGAGCAGGAAGAGCAGCCGAGAGGCGGCUGAGUCGGGGGUGGCCGAGGGAAGGAGACAGCUCCAAGGGGUGGAGGUGGCGCCGGGAGCAGGAUGCGGGUCCAGUCGGGGCUGACGCUGCUGCUCUGUGCGGUGCUGCUGGGUCCGGCCGUGACGUCCUCGGACGAAGAAGGCAGCCAGGAUGAAUCCUUAGAUUCUAAGUCUGUGCCACCGGAUGAGUCCGUAAAGGACCAUGCCACUGCAGGCAGAGUAGUCGCCGGUCAGAUAUUUCUCGAUCCAGAGGAGUCAGAAUUGGAAUCCCCUGUUCAAGAAGAGGAAGACAGCCUCAAGAACCAGGAGGGAGAAAGUGUCACAGAAGAAAUGAACUUUCUAGAAUCUCCAAAUCCAGAAAUUAAGGAAUAUGAAGAACCAAAAAAAGUGCGGAAACCAGCUUUGACAGCCAUUGAAGGCACAGCGCACGGGGAGCCCUGCCACUUCCCCUUUCUGUUCCUGGAUAAGGAAUAUGAUGAAUGUACAUCCGAUGGGAGGGAAGAUGGCCGACUGUGGUGUGCCACAACCUACGACUACAAAGCAGAUGAGAAGUGGGGCUUUUGUGAAACUGAAGAAGAGGCUACUAAGAGACGACAGAUGCAGGAGGCAGAAAUGAUGUAUCAGACUGGAAUGAAAAUCCUCAACGGAAGCAGUAAGAAAAACCAGAAAAGAGACGCGUAUCGGUAUCUUCAGAAGGCAGCAGGCAUGAACCACACCAAGGCCCUGGAGAGAGUGUCUUAUGCCCUUCUCUUUGGUGAUUACCUGCCACAGAACAUCCAAGCAGCUAAAGCGAUGUUUGAGAAACUGACCGAGGAAGGCUCUCCCAAAGGACAAACUGCUCUUGGCUUUCUGUAUGCUUCUGGACUUGGUGUUAAUUCAAGUCAGGCAAAGGCCCUUGUAUAUUACACCUUUGGAGCUCUGGGGGGCAAUCUUAUAGCACACAUGGUUUUGGGUUACAGGUACUGGGCUGGCAUCGGAGUCCUCCAGAGCUGUGAAUCUGCCCUGACUCAUUAUCGGCUUGUUGCCAAUCAUGUUGCUAGUGACAUUUCGCUAACAGGAGGCUCGGUAGUGCAGAGAAUACGGCUGCCCGAUGAGGUAGAAAAUCCAGGAAUGAACAGUGGGAUGCUGGAAGAAGAUUUGAUUCAGUAUUACCAGUUUCUAGCUGAAAAGGGUGAUGUGCAAGCACAGGUUGGCCUGGGACAGCUGCACCUGCAUGGAGGGCGUGGAGUGGAACAAAAUCACCAGAGAGCAUUUGACUACUUCAACUUGGCAGCUAAUGCUGGCAAUUCGCAUGCUAUGGCUUUCUUGGGAAAGAUGUAUUCCGAGGGAAGCGAUAUUGUGCCUCAGAGUAAUGAGACGGCGCUCCACUAUUUCAAGAAAGCUGCUGACAUGGGCAACCCAGUUGGACAGAGUGGGCUUGGAAUGGCCUACCUCUACGGGAGAGGAGUUCAAGUUAAUUAUGACCUGGCACUGAAGUAUUUCCAGAAAGCUGCUGAACAAGGCUGGGUGGAUGGGCAGCUGCAGCUUGGUUCCAUGUACUACAAUGGCAUUGGAGUUAAGAGAGAUUAUAAACAGGCCCUCAAGUAUUUUAACUUAGCUUCUCAAGGAGGCCAUAUCUUGGCUUUCUAUAACUUGGCACAGAUGCAUGCCAGUGGCACUGGUGUGAUGCGGUCCUGUCACACAGCAGUGGAGUUGUUUAAGAAUGUGUGUGAACGAGGCCGUUGGUCAGAGCGGCUUAUGACUGCCUACAACAGCUACAAAGAUGGGGACUACAAUGCUGCGGUGAUCCAGUACCUCCUGCUGGCCGAACAGGGCUACGAAGUGGCACAAAGCAACGCGGCCUUUAUCCUCGAUCAAAGAGAAGCCACUAUUGUAGGUGAGAAUGAAACUUAUCCCAGAGCUUUGCUCCAUUGGAACAGAGCUGCCUCGCAAGGCUAUACAGUGGCUAGAAUUAAGCUGGGAGACUACCACUUCUAUGGAUUCGGCACGGAUGUGGAUUACGAGACCGCCUUCAUCCACUACCGGCUAGCUUCCGAGCAACAGCACAGCGCACAAGCGAUGUUCAACCUGGGAUACAUGCAUGAGAAAGGACUGGGCAUUAAACAGGACAUUCACCUCGCCAAGCGUUUUUAUGACAUGGCCGCUGAGGCCAGCCCCGACGCGCAGGUCCCCGUCUUCCUGGCUCUCUGCAAGCUGGGCGUGGUCUAUUUCUUGCAGUAUAUACGAGAAACAAAUAUUCGAGAUAUGUUCACCCAUCUGGAUAUGGACCAGCUGUUGGGACCAGAGUGGGACCUUUACCUCAUGACCGUCAUUGCGUUGCUCCUGGGAACAGUCAUAGCGUACAGGCAGAGGCAGCACCAGGACAUGCCCGGGCCCCGGCCCCCUGGGCCCCGGCCAGCGCCGCCCCAGCAGGAGGGGGCAGCACAGUGACGGACACUGUUCCCAGCCUCAGUCAGCCUGCGCUGAGAACACUUCGGUUUGGCUUAGGACUUUGGAUCAGUGGCCCCUCCUGGAAGAAGCACCAAAAGCGUGAAAUUCUAAAGCUGCUUGGAAUCUGAUGCCUUUAUUUUCAGGGAUGAGUAACUCUCACCUAAACUAAGUUGAAUGUUUGUCUCAGUGCCAUAUGGAAUAACAGCUCUCCGUGGCUUUCCUCUUUCCUUUUGUUUUCCAUUGGAAACAUGAAAGACACUCAAAGUGACGUUCGCUGCAUCCAGCUCUCUUUCUCGGAUCCUGCCAUUCUGGUGUGCGUAAGUUCUUACGCCAUCUUUGAAGUCUUGUGCAUUGACAGUAAAAACCGAUCUGAUCGGCAUAAAAAGGAAAGCCCAAUUCAUUGCAGAUUUAACCUUAAAGAUAUUUGAAAGUCUAAAAACAGAAUCGAUUUUUUAAGUUACAAGAAAAAAAAGGGCUUUGGAACUGUGGUAAAUGAGAAACUUUGGCUAGUGCUGAUGCAGUAUAUGUAUUCUGCAUAUUUGUUAUUUUAAAAAGUUUGAGAGGUUUCUUCCUAUUGGUGAUUGUCCUACUUAAUACUGUACGUCUUGUACUUCCCUCCUUCAAAGACUGAGAGGUGUAGUUAAUGAAUUCUGUGUGAACCUCACCUCUUUGAAAUGAGAAAUGUGUAAGACUGUGUGACUCCUUGCACUAACAUGUGAAUUAGCACACCUACUCUCUGUAAUGAGCUUGUUCGGAGUAUGUAGAGCCUUGACGCAAAGCCAGAGGACGGACUGACUCAAUGGGAGAAGGAAGAACUCUGGGUAAUGAGGUACCAAGAUCAGACACUUUCCCAAAAGUUGAAGGAUUUGUUCCCAGGACUAAUUUUAAUUUACGUUUCUUAUCACACAAAAUUAACAGAUCACCCAACAUGGGGCACACACGGACUACCCUAACUAUACUCAAAGUAUCUAACAGAGAAUCCGACAUGGAUCAAACUAUACAGUAGACACAAGCUGGAGCCUGUUCAGGUAGAUCCUUCUCUCUGGCAGUUUAUAUCACAGUAGAAAAGCACCUGCCUGCCUAACUUUUGACCUCACCAUUGUCCUCCUGCUAG